UACGGCUGUUUGUAUCCAAAGUUCUGGUGGAUAUGUGACUGCUCAAGAUAUGAACAAAGCUAACUUACUUUUGUUUGGUAAGUUAAGCUUUCAUAGAACCAAAAAACCAGAUUACAGAACCACUAGGGGCGUACCCCUACGACCCAAACCAUACAAACGCAUAGGCCUAAGCCAAAACAAAAAGGAAGGUACAUGCCCCCAAAACAGAGGGCAAGACGGAAAUCCAGAAAGGUAAUCACCAGCCAGGACGGAGGAGUACAGACCAAAACCAGAAAAGCGCAGAAUUAAGAACCAUCAAAAAUCUUAGAAGAGAUUUGCCAGUCCAUGCACAGUUGAUGGUUAGCAGCAUUUCGCUUGAUUCCAUGCCAAGAGCUUAUGAAGUAUCUUAGAUCAGCAACAAUCUUCAACACCACACCCUCAACACUGUCCAUCCUUUGUCAAAAAAUUCUUGAAUUCCUCUCCUUCCCAAGUUGGUACAUAGUAGCUGCAAGGGAGAUUUUGCAAACAGACUGCAUCAGACCAUUACCCUUCCUGUGUUGGUUUAACCAAUCCAACUCCUGUAACAUGGUAACCGAAGUUUUGAACAUGGUAGAAAGUGUCCAAGAAGCUCUGAGAUUAGUGAAAAAUGUAGCGAUUCAAUUAAUACAUUAUCGAGAACCAAAAGCUCCCCCGGGAAAGGGAAAAAGAAUCGAUAAAAAUCUUCAUGUGGUAGACUUGCUGAACAUUCUAUUUCAUCAUCAACUACCUCGGCUCAAUCAUCAAUGAAGGGGAAAAAGAAUGCCAUGGCUAAUCACUCAGAAAAGGAUGAAGAGAUCGUUUCAAAGAGACAUGGUCUAUUCCAGUCACAAAGGUAUAUUUAACGCUCAUCUAUGUAUUUUUUGUAGGUAUGUACGUGCUAUUUAUCUCAGAAUCAGGUGCUAUAACAUGGGCAUUUUGAUUGUGUAAAUAGAUGGGAAGAACAAAAACAAGGCCAAUGCAGCACGCUCCAAGCAUUUGGUCACAGAGCUGCGCCGAAGGUGCAAGAUAAAUGAGAGAGGACAAGAGAAGAGAGAGACAUCAACUCUUCUCCCCCUUUACUUUAUUUUUCUUGGCCGAGAGAGUGAGGUUGCUGGAGGAAGAAGGAAGUAAGGAGAAGUAGAAAGAAGAAGCAGCAGCAACCGCCAACCUCCUUCGCUUUCAAAACUACCACUUUUGUCCGUCCUAACUAGAACUCCAAGGACCAAGAGAGUGACAAAAGACCUUUGUUUACAAGUGAAGUGGUGGUCUCUAGCAAAGCAUACAGAUACCCUUGACAGAUCUGAUUGAACAAACAUGGCAUUGCCUUCGUCACGCUCACAGGCCCAUAGUGAUGUCAAUGAACCCAUCAUCAGUCAUUCUGUGAAAAGCAAGGCAGUAGAAGAGGAUGUCAGUUGUUAUCUCCCACUAUAUAAAGCUAUAAUCGCACACGACUGGAAGGCUGCAGAGAGAUUCUUUGAGCUCGAUCGAAAUGCCCUGACAGCCAGAAUCUCGAUGCUAGGUGACACACCGCUCCAUGUGGCAGCAACAGGGAGGACCAUCGAUUUCAUUGAAAAGCUUGUGGAAUUGAUGACUCCUGAGGAGCUGGCGAUAAUCAAUCAGGAUGGUGACACAGCAUUCCACCGAAUAGCAGGAGUUGGUAACGUUGUGAUCGCCAAAUUGCUAUUCAAGAAGAACCCUGACUUGCCCAAUAUGUGGAACCGAUUAGGUCAAUUACCUUUACAUCAUGCUGCAAAAUGGGGCCAAAAUCAUAUGGUUCGGUACUUGCUCAAAAUCACCAAGGAAGAUAUAGAGCCAAGACCGUAUGAAGGCUAUUCAGGCUCUGUGCUAAUGGGCGAGUUAAUAACCAAUGGAUUGUAUGAUGUGGCUUUGCUUGUGCUCCGACGCCAUCCUAAUUUAGCAGUGUCUUAUGGCUCUUAUCCAUCUCCUUUGCGUCUGAUAGCACAGCAGCCUUCAGCAUUCCCAAGCGGAGCUCGUUUUACCUUCUGGCAGCGGUUCAUUACCUUCUGGCAAGGGUUCAUUUCGAGGAAUGUUCUUUCCUCUAACAUUUGUGAUGGAGAAGAUGUGGAUAGCUCCCCUGAAAGCCCUAAAGGCUCUGUCGAAGUGCGCAGUUGGUUCCCAUGGUUUCAAAUAAGCGACUUUAUUUCUGGGUUGUGGGAAGUCAUCAAUUCAUUAUUAGGAAUUGAGCAAAUUCGAGAAUUGAAAUUGAUGCAUUGUCAAACGCUCGAGAUUGUCACAAUCCUUUGCACGGAAAUUGUCAAGCUGGACAGCCGUGAAGCCUUGUCAACAUUAUUGGAUCCAUUCCUUGACGCGGCACGGCUUGGAAUUCAUGAAGUUGUGAUGGAUAUUUUGAUUGCAUUUCCUGAUGUGAGUCUUUAUAAUGAUCGAGAGGGUCGCACCGCAUUAGGUCUUGCAGUUAUGAAUCGUCAUGCAAACGUUUACAACCUCAUCUAUCAGACGAGACACGGCACUAGGCAAUGGUUAACCAUUCAAAAGGACCGUGGUAACAACACUCUGUUGCAUUUGGCUGGGGAAUUGGCGCCUAGACACAGACUCGAUCUUGUUUCUGGUCCAGCCCUACAGAUGCAACGUGAAUUGCAUUGGUACAAGGAAGUGGAAAAGUUGGUACCGCCCUCAUGCAAAGAAUUGAAGAACGCUGAAGGGAAGACACCUGCGAUGGUAUUUACGGAGGCGCAUGGUGAGCUUAAGAAGGAAGGAGAGCGGUGGCUGAAAGACUCUGCGGGGUCGUGCUCUGUGGCGGCAGGCCUCAUUGCCACAGUGCUGUUUGCAGCUGUCAUUACAGUGCCUGGUGAUUACAGGGACAAUGGCAAGCCAAAUUUUGCGGGCAUUUCUGGUUUCCAAGCCUUUGGCGCAAUAGAAGCCCUUGCUCUCUCCUCAUCGCUCACUUCACUUUUGAUGUUCUUGUCUGUCUUCACAUCUCGGUACUCAGAAUCUGAUUUUCUCCGUGCCCUGCCUAGGAGGUUUCUAAUUGGUCUUUUCACAUUGUUCAUCUCCAUAAUAUUUUUGAUGACGGCGUUCAGUAAAGCGCUUGAACUUGUAUUCGGUCAGACACAAACAUGGAAGGUAGCUUGUGUGCCUGUCGCCUUAUUUGUGUGCAUGCAGUUGUCCCUUCUCAUGGACAUAUGUACUUCCACGUAUGGCCCAGGCAUUUUCAGGAAGCAAGGUGGACAUAUCCUCGUAUAGGUCACACGAUGGGGCAAGAGGAAAGUUUUGGAACUGUGUAUAGGUCACACAAUAGGGCAAGAGGAAAGUUUCGGAACUGCGUAGCAGCAUAUAUGUGAGCCUCUGGGCUUCCUCAGCUAGACAUAGAAAAAAUCACUAACUAUUGUUGCUUUUUAGUAGCCAGGGAUAGCUAUUGUUUUCUUCUCUUGGAUAUGUGGUUUCGAUGGAGUGGAUUUCCCUUACUAUUUUAUAUUUAAGGUGGAAACAAUUCAAAGUUGUUAUAUAGUGAACAUCUUGACAUUAAA